AAUGGAAUUCAAUUCUACUCCUUUCUUUUAUUUUCUUCAUGAUUUCUUCUCCAAAUUCUCAUCACACCCUCUCUUCUCCGCAAUUGUAGCUCUAUACACCUUAAUUCUCCUUUAUGCUCCAUCUUUUUUCCUACAAAUAACUCUUUCUCCUGUUAUCAAUUCCACUGGAAUCAUACUCCUCUUCCUUCUCAGGUUAGGUGCUGAUGAGCGAUCGGAAAAAGAAGUAGAUUCUCAGGAGUUGAGAAUUCUUGGUUAUGGAGUCGAUGAGAGGUUGAACAUGGAAUCUAGUUUUUUAGAAUCAAGAGUUCUUGAUAACAAAGACGAAUGGUUGCUUGUCAAUCGGGACAACCUAGCUCAGCGUUCCAAUUUGGCAUUGGAAUCCAUCUCUAUAGAGUCAAGAUUUUUUAACUAUGUAGACCAAAACCAAACCCACGUAGAAUUUGAGCCUGAAUUAGGUUUAGGCCAUGCAUCUAAUCAAACCCAUGUAGAAUUUGAUCCUAAAAUUGGUUUAGACCAUGCACCUUAUCGAACUCAUUUAGGGUUUGAGCCUGAAUCUAGUUUGAAAAUGGAAUGCAAUCAAAGCAACAUAGAGUUUGAGCAUGGUUUCGGCAUGGAAUCUACUUCCCAAGAUGACCAUCAUAAAUGGGAAUUACUAGAAACCAAUUUCAUGGAAUCAUCACAGGUGAGUAAAGAAGAAAAACCAACAAUGGAAAUGGACUCGAAGCAAGUGGAUGCCACAAUGAUGUUUCUUGAAUGGAACAUAAGAACACCGUUGGAGAUCAUAUAUGAAGCAUAUGAAGGAGAAGAAGAAGAUGAUGAGAAGAGUAAUGAAAACGAUGACACUUUUGAUGAUAAACAAGCUAUUGGUUGUGAAAAAUAUCCAUCUUUAUCGAUGUAUUACCCAGAAAGUGAGACAGAUAGCUCAUCUGACGGCAACUUCUCAAUGAGCGAAAAUUGGGAAACACAUGAGAGUGUGUUAUUCAAAUGGGAAGAGGAAGAGAGGGAAGAACUUAUUGAGAUUUCGUUAGAUCAUUAUGGGAAGAGAAGUAUUGGAUUUUGUCAUGCAGAGGAAGAUAAUUUGAUUGAAAUUGACAUCUUUCCUAAAAUAAACUGAAUUUCCAAGGGAUAAUUUCCCCC